AUGGGUCGUGAUGAGCCGCUGUUGUUAUCUUGUCGUGCCAAAGCGAUGAUCCUGCGUCAGGUAGACGCCAGCGUUCUCCCGCUGUCCAGAAACAACCGGCUCUCACACACACCUGUCCUCCAUCUGCCCACAGCACCUGCUGCUGCCUCCUCAUCUCCUCUUAAACCUUCAUCAUCACCCUCAUCCUCACCCUCACCGUACUCUUCAUCACCCGUCCCGCCCACAGAGGAGGAAGAGGAGGAGGGGCCGGAGAGGGAGGCUGAGAACCUCCCACCCAGGCGUCCUCUGAAGCUGGCUCCUCUGGAGCUCCCCCUGCAGGUAAAAGAGGCUCAGAGGCUGAAGAUGAUCAGCGUCCAGCAGGAGGUCAGGACGUCCGGCCCCAGGAAAGUGAAGGCCUGUGGGUCAGAGAGAGCCAGAUCUCCUGCCCGUCCUCCACUGACCACCAUCAUCAACCCAUCCAAACUCCAGCAGAGAGACAACCGCGCCCGUCUGCUGGAGAAACAACCCGCUGCUGCUGCUGAUAAUAAAGAGAUAAAUCACAUUCCUGCUGCUAAAUCUGAUCAUCUCUCCUCUACCGUCCAAUCAGCACACACCCAGCAGACCACCGGCCAAUUAGCACCAGCCCAGCAAACCACCGGCCAAUCAGCACACGCCCAGCAGACCACCGGCCAAUCAGGGCACACAGAGGAGGGGGGCUGCAGGAGGCGGCCGAGGCUGAGGAGGACCCAGCGGCUGGAGGAGGAUCAGAGCCGGUCCGGAUCCUUUACUGCAGGUCCAGCAGCCGAGGAGGAGAAGAAGCCUGGCCAGGCCUGGACCGACCCGAGCCAGAGGAGCACGGAGAACGCCCUGAGGGAGGCCAGCAGGGUUCUGGAGAAGGUGUACCGCAGGAACGCUCCGGCGGUACCAGAGGAGCCCCCGGUGGAGGAGAAGUUCAGCAGGAGGAAGGCUGUUUAUGACAUCCAGGAAGCAGCGCUGUGACCUUCUAACCUGCAGGGGAUGUGUUCCUCCGGGGGGCUGUGUGGGAAUAGAGACUGGAGAACUGCAGAACUUCACCAUGUGUCCAGAAGUACGUACAGACACCUACCUACAGUAUACUAGUGCUUCUUAAAAAAUUUGAAUAUCAUUGAAAAGUUUAAACUUUAUUUCAGUAAUUCUGUAUAAAAUGUGAAAUUCUAUAUAUAUUCUAUAGAUGUAUUAAACACAGAGUGAUCUAUUUAAGUUUUUAUUUCCUUUAUUGUUGAUGAUUAUGGCUUGAAUAAAAAAAUAUGA